AUGACCCAAUUCGAACACAAUAUCGAAUCUCCAUUGUAUCUGGGCACUCACUGGAGAGAAAGAAGAUUGCCCACAGUGUUGACUAUUGCUGGCAGUGACAAUAGCGGUGGUGCUGGGAUCGAGGCUGAUAUCAAGAGUAUCAGCGCCCAGGGAUGCUAUGCUAUGACUUGUAUCACUGCUUUGACGUGCCAGACGCCAGAACAAGUUUAUUCUUCCAUUUCAGUUGAGGAAUCGCAUAUUAGAUCGGUUUUGCAACACACUUUCCAGAGCAUGAGAUGCGAUAGUGUGAAGAUAGGGAUGCUAACGUACGAGGCGCUCAAGGCUGUUACCGGGGUGCUGGAAACUCUUGAGUUGGAUAUCCCAGUUGUGUUAGAUCCUGUGAUGGUCGCGACUUCUGGGGCCCAGUUGAGUUCUUCGAAAGUUUGGGACUCGCAAGAGAUGGACCAAUUGCUUCAGAAGGUGAGCGUGCUUACGCCCAACAUUCCGGAAGCCAAAGCGUUGUUGGGUGUGAGUUACUUCAAGGGCCAGUCUACAGACGAUUUCGUCCAGUUGGCUAAGCAGUUGAAGGAGAAGUGCAAGUGUAAUGUGCUAUUGAAGGGUGGUCACAUGCCUCUCGACGGUAAGAUCGUGGAUGUGCUGUGCUACAACGAUGAGGUCCACACGUACUUCAGCGAGGAGCUGACCUCGACCAAUUUGCACGGGACCGGGUGCACGUUGUCGAGUACCAUCGCAUCGCGAAUUGCGCGUGGCGAAGAUGUGCCUGUAGCGGUACAGAACAGUAUCCAGUAUGUCCACAACGCGAUUUUGACCGGAGAACACAUCGAAGUAACCGCAAGAGCCGACUCGCACAGUGCUACGUACGGUCCCUUGAACCACGUUUACGAGCUGGCCAACAGUGGCAGCGUGGCCACUGGCUCCGGAAAGCACCAGCAGGUUGGUUACGAAACCAUGCUACAAAUCCCGGAAGUGAAAAAGGCAUGGGACAGCUACAUCGACCAUGAGUUCGUCGCAAGAGUCAGCAACGGUACCAUAGACAUGGACAAGUUUGCCAAAUAUUUGAGACAGGAUUACCACUACUUGCAAACCUUUGCACGCAUCCACGCUAAACUAGCUGCGGAUGCCACCACUGAAAUCAGGUUCCAAAGUGAGGUGGCUGUCUUGCAGAACAUCAUCCAUGAGAUGGAAAAGCAGGAACGUAUCCUGGGGCCUGGCAUCAAGACCAACGUCAAGAGCCAGGAAAUGCUUGACUACACAAACUACCUCAAGGAAGUGGCCCAAUACGGCAAUUGGGAACAACUCUACACGGCAACCAUGCCGUGCUGUCUGGGCUACGUCAUAGCCGUUAGAAAAAUCCAAGACAAAAUAACCGUCACUGAGGAUUCCCAUCCAAAGCUGUACCAAUGGCUCCAAGAAUAUUUACGUGAAGAUUUCUACCAGGCCUCGCAAGAGGGAAUCAAGACAUUGGAUUCGAUCUUGAAGCAGUCCCAGGACCCAGCGACUUUGGUGAAGAUAUUCAAAGAAGUGUGUGAUUUGGAGACUAGGUUUUGGAACCAGGGCCUAUAG